AUGGACGAUGUUCAGAGUGAAAAUUCACAAACUGAAAAAUCCUCUAGUAGGAAGCAGAUGGAAGGGACAGCAUUGGCAAUCUUAAUGGAGAAUAGUGCCCAAGUAUUCGGAAGCGCAGAGAAUAAAUUCAAAAAACGAUUAUUUUCUAACAUUACUAACUGCCAAAAUAGCAGAUAUCAGAAGCGAAAUGUCCAGAAGAAUGACCGGUUACAAACUUCCAUUACGAAUUAUGCUGUCGUCAAACAUAGGCCAUCAAAUUUUGAGAAUUUAAGAAAAACGGUAAAUGAAGAAGCUGUGGAAAACGUGAAACAGACUGGAUGGAAUGAUAACACAUCUCUUUACUAUCCUCGGUCAACUUCCGAAAUUGACAUAGAGGAUGAAAUGACGGAUGAUUCAUUAUGUCCCAAGCAAAAUGAUAGUGAUAUCGAAAUGAAUGAAUUACAAAUCCGCUUCAAUCAAACACUCGGGAAGCGUUUCAGUGUAGCGCAGCAGGAUGUACGUGAAGAUGUGCAACAACCACUAAUUAAACGGCGGAAAGAAGUAAUUUAA